AAACACCCGCCCCGGACCUGGCCCAGAGUAGGCGCCCAUGAGGCAUGUUGAAUGAAUAUACUCGCGCUCUUUGCAGCUGCCUGAAUUCUUCCUUCACCAGCAUCCCCCUCCGCCCGGUCACCCAGACGGCCUUCUUCCAGCCUUGCCAAGUUUAAGUAAGCUGAGGGGCGCUCGGUGUGGCAGCUCUGCGUGGGCAGGGAAGGGGCCAGGAUGCAGAGGGGCAGCGCAGGAACGAGGACGCCCUGGCUCAGCGCCCCGCCAGCCUCAGGAUCGAGCGUUGCCCUGGGGGCAGGGCUGACCCAGAGCCAGCGGCUCGCGAGUGAGAGCCCCCCGACCACCGUCCUUCUCGGGGAGCGGGCCAGCUGCCGAGGUCCCAACCUGCGGGAUCCGCCCGCGCCUCUGUCCUCCUCGGCGCGCGUGUCCUGGUCUCGGCCGGUUCCCCGUCGGCCAGGUGGAGCUGCAGGGCAACGCCAUGAGUCUGCGGGCCCGCGUGGGGAGCCGCGCACCGGCCCCUGGCCAACCCCAGUUCGACGACAUGUUGGGCGUCUCACUCCGGGACCCGUCCCUGCUCCUGACCAUCACCGUCAUUGGGGUCACUGUGCUCGUGUUGGUCCUGAAGAGCAUGAACUCCAGGAGGAGAGAGCCAAUCACCUUACAGGACCCUGAAGCCAAGUACCCGCUGCCCUUGAUUGAGAAAGAGAAAAUCAGCCACAACACCCGGAGGUUCCGCUUUGGACUGCCUUCGCCGGACCAUGCCUUAGGGCUUCCCGUAGGUAACUAUGUCCAGCUCUUGGCAAAAAUUGAUAAUGAAUUGGUGGUCAGGGCUUACACGCCUGUUUCCAGUGAUGAUGACAGAGGCUUUGUGGACCUAAUUAUAAAGAUCUACUUCAAAAAUGUACACCCCCAAUAUCCUGAAGGGGGGAAGAUGACUCAGUAUUUGGAGAACAUGAAAAUCGGGGACACCAUCUUUUUUCGAGGGCCAAAGGGACGCUUGUUUUACCAUGGGCCAGGGAAUCUUGGAAUCAGACCAGACCAGACGAGUGAGCCGAAAAACAAACUGGCCGAUCACCUGGGAAUGAUUGCUGGGGGCACAGGCAUCACACCCAUGUUGCAGCUCAUUCGCCACAUCACCAAGGACCCCAGUGACAGGACCAGGAUGUCCCUCAUCUUUGCCAACCAGACAGAGGAGGAUAUCUUGGUCAGAAAAGAGCUUGAAGAAAUGGCCAGGACUCACCCAGACCAGUUCGACCUGUGGUACACCCUGGACAGGCCUCCCAUUGGCUGGAAGUACAGCUCAGGCUUCGUUACUGCCGACAUGAUCAAGGAGCACCUUCCUCCUCCGGGGAAGUCCACGCUCAUCCUGGUGUGUGGCCCGCCACCCUUGAUCCAGACGGCGGCUCACCCUAACCUGGAGAAGCUGGGUUAUACCCAGGACAUGAUUUUCACCUACUAACAGCUCCAUGUGCUCAGCAAACUUGCAUGUCCCUUUUCAUCUGUUUCAGAGUAAGUUCAAUUUCACCACGUUAAACUGGGAUGUUUUCAAAAGUGCCUUGCCACGUACCCUCGCGCACACACUGGUUCUCCUCUCUUUUGGGUGUGGGCCUAACAAGAAGGGCUCAAGGGGCUGGAGACUGGCUGCUGGGGCCUCCUUGCUUGGAGGCUGGAAAGAGCUCCAUUUCAGUAUCUUUCUCCAUGGUUUUGUGAAAUAAACUCAAGUUCAAAGCAGA